GCAGCCCCAUCCCCCACCCCAAUUCGCAUGCGCAGGGCACUGUCACCCGGAUGCAAACCAUGGCGGAGGAGGGAGAUCAGCCACAGACAACCAACACAGUUGAGGAGCCUCUUGACCUGAUCCGACUCAGUCUGGAUGAGAGAAUUUACGUGAAAAUGAGAAAUGACAGAGAACUUCGGGGGAGACUACACGCCUACGAUCAGCAUUUAAACAUGAUUUUGGGUGAUGUUGAAGAAACUGUUACAACUGUAGAAAUCGAUGAGGAAACAUAUGAGGAGAUAUACAAAUCCACCAAGAGAAAUAUUCCAAUGCUGUUUGUCCGUGGUGAUGGUGUUGUUCUAGUGGCGCCUCCACUAAGAGUUGUUUAAACACAGCCAGCUGAGCGUUAUGGACUAAAUUUCAACCUGGGUUUAUAUCUUUCAGUUUAUGGAGAGAAUACUCUGAUAUUAUUUUUAUAAAAUGUACCUCGAUAUUGUGAGGUUUGUACCUGUAGUUUACUUUUGAUUAUUUACCGUGAACAGUUGAGUAAAUAAAAUAUUUUCAUUUGAUUUAAUAAAGGUUGAUCUUUCAAUUCUA